AUGUCGUCAACUUAUCGAGCCGCAGAAGAGCCAAUCGCGAUUAUUGGGUCGGCUUGCAGGUUCCCAGGGGGUUCCAGCUCCACAUCCAAGCUCUGGGAGUUGCUACGGGAGCCUCGUGAUGUUGUAAGGCAUUUCGACCCAAAACGCUUCAACCUAGAGCGUUUCUAUCACCCGGACGGAGAGACACAUGGUUCGACAGACGUAAAACCAAAGUCGUAUCUUCUGGAGGAGGACAACCGUGUCUUCGAUGCGGGCUUUUUCGCCAUCAGCCCGGUAGAGGCGGCCGGCAUGGACCCUCAACAACGGCUGCUGCUCGAGGUGACAUACGAGGCGUGUGAGACGGCUGGUGUACCACUCGAGAAACUGAGAGGGUCUUCGACCUCGGUACAUGUCGGGGUCAUGACGAAUGACUACUCGGUCAUCCAGGCCCGCGACACCGAGACUUUACCAAAGUAUAACGCUACAGGCUCUGCCAACAGCAUCCUCUCGAACCGUGUCUCCUACGUCUUCGACCUCAAGGGUCCUUCUGUGACCAUCGAUACGGCCUGCUCCAGCUCGCUGGUAGCCCUCCACCACGCCGUUCAGGGCCUCCGCAACGGCGACAGUGAUACGGCCAUUGUUGGCGGCACCAACCUUAUCCUUGAGCCUACUCCCUAUAUCGCUGAGUCAAAGCUGCAUAUGCUGUCGCCCGACUCGCAGAGUCGUAUGUGGGACAAGACCGCGAACGGGUAUGCGCGCGGUGAAGGGAUCGCUGCGCUGCUGCUCAAGCCACUCAGCCGAGCUCUUCGAGACGGUGACCCAAUCGAGGGGGUCAUUCGCGCGACCGGGGUGAACUCUGAUGGACAGAGCCCUGGCAUCACAAUGCCGUUUGCGCCGGCGCAAGCGGCACUGAUACGACAGACAUACCGUCGCGCAGGCCUGGACCCGAUGCGGGAUCCGCCGCAGUAUUUCGAGUGCCAUGGCACAGGAACCCAGGCUGGCGAUCCGGUGGAGGCGCGCGCUGUCUACGAGGCCUUCUACCGCGACGGUGAAACCGGUGAAGCCAAGGCCGAUCCCCAGACCAUCCAUGUCGGUUCCGUCAAGACAAUAAUCGGCCACUUGGAAGGUUGCGCCGGCCUAGCAGGCGUAAUCAAGGUCCUCCUCAGCUUAAAGCAUCGGACAAUACCCCCCAAUAUGCACUUUAACGAAUUGAACCCAAAGAUUUCUGAGUACUAUGGACCCGGAGCCCUCCAGAUCCCAACAUCUCGGCUUCCAUGGCCUCAGCCGCCAGCAGGUAGCCCCAUGCGAGCCAGCGUCAACAGUUUUGGUUUCGGUGGCACCAAUGCCCACGCAAUCAUUGAGAGCUGGUCACCUCCUGGGACCGAUGUAGAUGUCCCCGGCGGUGUCGUGGGUCCACUGCUCUUCUCGGCCAGCUCGGGUCCAUCACUGCUGCGAACCGUGCAGGCGCACCUGGUCCAUCUGCAAAACCAUGCCGACUUGGACCUUCAAGAUUUGAGCUGGGUGCUCCAGACGCGGCGAUCCACCCACCGCCCUGCAUUCAACGGACGCCUCGCAGUGGCCGCCAGCAACGGCCCGCAGAGCACCACUCUGUCCGGUGAUUUGGACGCCGUUGUUGAGGCCAAGAAGCAGCUCGACCUAGCAAACACAUUUGCGCGCCAGCUUCAGGUCGACACGGCAUAUCACUCCCACCACAUGAAUGCCUGUGCAGACCAGUAUCUGCAAUCUCUCCUGGCAUGUGAUAUCCAAGUCACGCCACCUAAACCAGAUCGUUGUGUGUGGAACUCGAGUGUGCGUGGCGACACACGUCUACUCAAGCCGGGUGGGGACUUGGGCUCUCUCAGGGGCUCCUAUUGGGUUGCGAAUAUGGUUCAGACAGUCAAGUUCUCGCAGGCUAUCGAAUCUUCCAUCUGGCACGGAGGUCCAUUUGACGUCGCUAUCGAGAUCGGGCCACAUCCAGCGUUGAAAGGCCCGACUGAACAAACGCUCAAGGCGGCAUACGGUGCAGUCCCGCGAUACACCGGCCUUCUCAAACGCAACACCAGUGAUGUCGAGGCCUUCCAAGCUGCCAUCGGGCAGGUUUGGUCCCAGCUAGGGCCUUCCUAUGUCAACUUCGCAGGCUACCGUAAUAGCUUCUUCGAAUCGUCCCCGCCAGCGCCCAAGAUACCCAAAGGCUUGCCCACCUAUGCUUGGGACCAUGACCAAGUUUACUGGCGGGAAUCGCGCACGUCCAUGCGAUACCGCACCAGCCGUGAUACCGGCCACGAGCUGCUGGGACGCCGUGUCCCGGACGAUAACGAGCGCGAGCUGAGAUGGCGUAAUGUCCUCAGGCUGAGUGAGAUGCCAUGGCUGCGCGGCCACGAAGUGCUCCAGGAAGUGUUGCUGCCAGGAGCCGCCUACGUCUCCAUUGCGGCCCAGGCGGCCCAGUCACUUGCCGCAGCCACUGCAGGUGUGAAUGGACGGCCGAUUCGACAGCUCUCGGUAGAGGACGUCAAUAUCCUUCGGCCGGUUGUGGUGCCUGACAACAAGCACGGCGUGGAGACUUUAUUUACAGUCCAGGUGCUCCAUGAAACAGGCCAGAGCAAAGCCCAUGGCGUGAUACGAGCACAAUUCUCGUAUUAUGUCUGCCAGAAUGAGUUCACAGGGGCAAUGAUACACACAUGCAGCGGCAGGCUGGCCAUCGAGCUUGGUCAGGCUUGUGGCCCGGUCCUCCCACCUCGAGAACCAGUCCCAGACAACGUCGUCCACGUUGAGAGCGAGCCUGUCUACGACAUGUUCCGUGGCAUCGGCUUGAACUACACAGAGAAUUUCCAGGCAAUCACGGAAAGCUACCGCUGUCUCGGCUAUGCUGCAGCCACGGGCGUUUGGCCGGCCAAGUCGCUGAGCGCCCAGUAUGUCUUGCACCCGGCCGUCCUGGACGUCGCCUUCCAAUCCCUGUUUGUUGCACACACACACCCGUCGAGCCAGCAGCUGAAGUCGGCGCUGUUGCCUUCGCACAUAGACCGAGUUAUAAUCGACCCAGGCGUGACUGUCCUGCAUGGCACCGACGACACGACAUGCACCUUUGACGCUUGGGUUGUCUCGGCCACGGGAGCUGCGCUGGAUGGCGACGUGAACGUGUACGAUGCCCAGUCAGGUCAAGCCUUUGUCCAGGUUGAGGGUCUAUCUACGAGAUCGGCUGGUGGCCAGAACGCCUCUCUGGACAAACGCGUCUUUUUGAAAACGGUGCAUGGCCACGACGCGUCCAUGGGCCUGGUGCUCCCGCCGCGCGACCCCCUACUGGACGCUCGUGCGUUGCAAGCCAAUGUGACAACCGAGCGUCUCGCUCUCUUCUACAUGCAAAGGGUUGUGCAAGAUGUGAAGGCGGAUGAGCGCAGAUCACUGCAGCCACACCAUCGAAAAAUGUUGGACGCCUUUGAGGAUCACCUCGGGGCAGUGAGCGAGGGCGAGUCGCCGCUCCUGAGCACUGAGUGGCUCGCGGACGACACGCAACAUGUCCUGAAGAGGCUGGUCCACGAGCAUCCUGACCCUGAUUCCGUCGAGUUGAAGCUGGUGCACACCAUCGGCGCCGACCUGGCCCAAGUUAUUCGGGGCCAGAAGCAGCUGCUGGAAACCGUCAGCCAGGACGACCUGCUGAAGCAGUACUCGCCGUCAGCGUCGGUAGUUACCGACCAUGCUAUCGGCCAACUGCUUCAACAGAUCACUUUCAAAUUUCCACGCUGCGCCAUGGUGGAGAUCGGUGCUGGCACAGGUAACACGGCAUGGAGCAUCCUCAAUGCCAUCGACAAUUUGUACGAUUCUUACACGUACACGGACGCCUCGUCGAGUGUUUUCCCCGACGCAGCCGACAGGCUUGCAGGGUUUGAGAGGUUAAUAUACAAGACACUGGACAUUGAGGCAGACUUGCAUGAUCAGGGGUUCAGUCUGAACUCAUACGACAUCGUCAUCGCGUCCAACGUGCUAUCUGCCACUCAUGACUUAGAGAGCACCCUACAGAAUGCCCGAGCCCUAUUACGACCGGGGGGCUAUCUCGUGCUUUCAGACAACACCGGAGUUCAAAGUAUGGUCAGCGGCUUCCUGUUCGGUGGUCUACCUGGGUGGUGGCAAAGCGACGACGAGCGACUUGGCCCGACGGUCUCGCCAGGGGAGUGGCAUAGGCUACUGCGCCGUUCGGGCUUCUCUGGUGCCGAUACUGUCUUCUACGACAAUGAAGACGAGAGCAAGCACGUCACCUCGUGCGUCGUGAGCCGAGCCGUCGACGAAAACUUGCUGCGCCUUCUUCAGCCUCUAACGUUUGCGUCCGAGCUCCCAGCUCCUGCGACGCCCUUGUUGGUAAUUGGAGGCCGCCGCCUUGGCUGCAGUAAGGUGAUAGACGAAAUCGAGGAGCUCAUUCCUCGCACAUGGCGGCCGCAGAUGCGGAUCGUACCGAGCGUUGAUGGGCUGAAAGAUUCCCACCUGACUCCAGCAAUGGACGUCUUGUGCCUCCACGACAUCGAUGAGCCUCUAUUCGCAAAGCUGCCCAUGAAGGAGGGCCGGCUGAAUAAGCUGCAGCAACUACUGAUGUCGGCCAGGAACAUGCUGUGGGUGACCAGUGCAGGCGCAUCGUAUACCCCGCGAGCCAGCAUGAUCCGCGGAAUAUCUCGCGUGGCUCCUGUGGAAUUACCACACCUCAAGCUGCAGGUGCUUGGGCUUGGGGCCGGUGAGAGACCUGCUCUGGACGCCCGGCACUGUGUUGAGGCCUUGUUGCGUCUGAGACACAUGGACGUGCUCGAAGCAGAGGAGAAGUCGGAUCUGCUGUGGGCCAUCGAGCCCGAGUCUGAGAUUCUGGCCGGCGGCAUGGUCAGGAUCCCCCGUGUCAUGCCAGAUACAGCCUUGGAUGAACGGUACAAUGCCAAGACACGGCCGAUCGUCAAAGCCACUGACGCAACCAAUAUCGCUGUCCAUGCUGUCGUCGCAAAUGGGUCCUCCAGGAUGGUGUUGCAGGCUGCCGAACAUGAACUACUCACACUGGAUGAAGGAGAUCACGUACAAGUUCAGGUCCAAUACUCCAUCCAGAUUCCACGUCAGCACGGCCAAGAACUCUACUUGCUUUGUGGUCAACAACAGCAGGGCCAUUCGGUUGUUUCCAUUUGCCACACAAAUGCCUCGAGACUGCUAUUAGAGCCCAAGGAUGUGGUCGCUGUUGAUUCAGCCCUGUGUACACCAGCAGCCUUGGAAGCUAUAGCCAACAACCUUCUGCAACAUGCUCUGAUCACUCGAGCACAUGCAAACAAGGCCGGCUCUGUGCUGUUACUUGAUCCAGAGCUGGAAAUGGCGGAACAGGUUGGAGCAGAAUUGGCCCAGGUUGGACAACGCGUCUACUGUGUCUCAUCUAGGGCCGGGCGCGACGUCCCUGAAAGCUGGAUCCAGAUUCACGCAAACAUGUCGAGACGAACGGCCAGGCAUGUCAUGCCUCGGAACAUCGACCUAUUCGUCGACUGUUCAGAGCCUGGACAUGACACACAUGGGGGCGAGCAGCUAAAGGCUUGUCUACCACCCACCUGUGAGGUGUGGAGAUUGGAUGCCGAGCUUCUGCAGAACGCCCUGAAGAGCGAUACUUCUCUGUCGAUUUUGCUUGAGGCUGAAAUCCUCAAGGACAUCGAUGAGCCUCAGUGCAAUGUCAUAGCAGCAGCUGAUCUGGCCGGAGCAGACUCUUCCACCCUCGCUCACCAACGGUACAUAACAGACUGGCGCCAGCGGGAAGCGCUUCCCCUGACUGUGCAGCCUCUUGAUCCACUUGGAUUGCUCAGACCAGACCGCACCUAUCUCAUAGUUGGCGGAUCUGGGGGUCUGGGGCUUUCUAUCUGCCAAUGGAUGAUACGUCAAGGUGCCAGGCACAUUGUCAUCACCAGCCGGAAUCCUAAGGUCGAUGCUGGUCUUCAAAAGGAAGCCCAUCGCGCCGGAGCGUCUGUUAAAAUGAUGGCUAUGGAUGCUACACGGCAGGACCAGGUAUUCGAGGUAGUAGACAAGGUCCGCCAGACCAUGCCGCCUAUUUCAGGUGUGUGCAACUUCUCAAUGGUCCUCCACGACAAGAUGGUCCUCGACAUGAACGCCCAACAACUCAACGGCACCCUGGAUCCCAAGGUCAUCGGCACCGAGAUUCUCGACGACAUCUUCAGUGACGCGAGCCAGUCACCGCUUGACUUCUUCAUCCUCACGUCUUCAACAGCCAGCACCGUCGGUAAUGUUGGUCAAGCCAACUAUCACGCCGCCAAUUUGUUCAUGGCCGCCAUCGUAGAGCGGCGCCGCUCACGCGGCCUGGCCACCUCAGUCAUUCAUAUUGGAUGGGUGGCUGACACCGGCUAUGUCACCCGCUCCGACAGAUACCGCCUGCUAGAAGACCAUUUCCGCAGCAUGCGCUUCAUCCCGCUGUCCGAGACAGACGUACAAGAUGCCUUUGCUCAGGCCGUGCGGGCGGGCAAGCCUCGGUCCUCUGAGGCUGAAGCAAGUCUAGGCAGUCACGAUAUCACCAUGGGUCUUGAGCCACCGACCGAGCCCAUGCAGCCCAACCAGAAGAGCAAAGCCUUGUGGGUUUCAAACCCACAACUCAUGUCGCUGGCACCAUACAGCACGCUUUCUGCAUCGCAGCAGCAGCUUCCGGGCCGUGUCUCUGGCAGCAACGUUCGAGAACAAGUCAACGAGUCCGAGUCCGAGGAGCAGGCAGUGGCAGUUGUGGCAGCGGCUUUCGGGGCCAAGCUCGAGACCAUACUGCAAUUGCCGGCUGGCUCAGUACAGGAGGACCUCGAGCGGCCCGUGAUAGACCUGGGCAUAGAUUCUCUCGUUGCCGUCGAGAUUCGGACAUGGUUCCUCAAAGACCUCGAUACCGAGCUGCCAGUGGUGAAGAUCCUGGGCGGCGAUACCGUGCUGCAGAUAUGUGUCCAGGCAACCAAGAAGAUCCUAGCUGACCGCAUCAAAGCCAAGGUGAACGAGACAGCACGUGAGAAGGAAGUGAAGGAAGUCAAGAACACGAACGCGACUGUUAACCCUGCUAAUACUUCUGUUGCCUCUGUUCCUGUUCCUGCGGUUGUCGCUCCUGUCGCUCCUGUUGCUCCCGCAGCUCGAAGUGCAGCAUCACCUGCCUUGGAGGCUGCUCCUACUCCACCAAGUUCGUCGCCCCCGAAUGGUAGCUAUUUUACUGCAAAGCACAGCAGACUCGGAGACAGAUCCAUGUCUUCGACGCCAUUGUCUGUGGUCACACCAUCGUCUGCAGUCACUCCCAUAUCGGGCUCUAGGACUCCAGAGUCUGCUAUCACACCAGUGUCUGGCUCUGUGAGCAAUGAAGACCUUAGCUCGGAGAAAUCUGGCCGCAAUGGCAACAAUUUUGACAGCAUGGACGAGAACGGGAAGGAUGAGGAAGUGGCCGAGCCAGUCAUAAUCCGCGAAGCACCAAUGUCUGCCGCGCAAUCACGUAUCUGGUUCGUCUCCAAACAUCUCGAAGAUCCCGCAGCAUACAACACAGCCUUUCACUACCGCGUGCAAGGUCACGUCAGCAUGGCUCGGCUACGACGUGCGCUGCAGCUGGUCGUCAACCAUCACGAGUGCCUGCGCACCUGCUUCUUCUCCCGGCUUGAGGACGGGCACCCCAUGCAGGGCGUCAUGGCCACGUCUGCGUUCGAGCUGACACACACCGAUGACGCCGACGAUACCGCUCUCCGGGAGACACUUUCACGGUUCACGACCCGUGUGUGGGACCUCGAGAGAGGACAGACGAUGGCGAUAGCUGUGUUGGGCCGGUCUGCCACCGAGAAUGAUAUCGUCCUCGGCUACCACCACAUCCUCAUGGAUGGCUGGAGCUUGGCACUAUUCCUCCGCGACGUGGACAGAGCGUACCGGCUGCAGCCACUCGACAAGGUGGAUGGAGUCUCGUACGUGGACUACUCCAUCCACCAGCUGGCCGAGGAAAGCACCGGUGUGCUGGAUCAGGACCUCGCCUUCUGGCGUGCUGAGUUUGGCACCCUGCCUGACACACUUCCGCUUCUACCCAUGGCUCGUGGGCUUGACCGUUCAACAUUGACCAAUCCAGAGCAGCAAGAGGGCGGAAGCCACUAUUUGGAUCGUGAGCUGAGUCCGGCCCAGCUCGCGGCGCAGAAGAAGAUCUGCAAGCAGUUGCGAAUAAGUCCCUUCCAUCUGCACCUCGCCCUCCUGCAGGUCCUGUUAGCUCGGCUGGCCAACAUCGAGGACGUCUGUGUUGGCGUCGUCGAUGCCAACCGGCGAGACGAGCGGUUCACGCAGACCGUGGGCUGCUUCGUCAACAUGCUCCCCCUGAGGCACAGCGUCCCGAGAAAAGCCACCUUUGCGGAUGUCGCCCUCGGGGCGUCGCGGAAGGCGAUGGGGGUCUUUGCGCACGGUACUGUGCCGUUCGAUCGCAUUCUCGACCAGACGAAGACCCCACGCGCCUCGGGGACAAACCCGCUGUUUCAGGCCGCUAUCAACUACCGCGCAGCGGUGGGUGGUAUGGACAUGUGGAAUCUGCCGCUUGGCGACGAGUGCCGUAUGCAGCUAUCUACAAAGGAGGCGAAGGAGGCAGAGAACCCCUACGACGUCAGCCUUGGUUUCAUCGAGACCCAGACUGGGUGCCUAGUCCAGAUGUUCUGCCUGGCGGAAUUGUAUAGCCAGGACGCAUGUCGCACAUUAUUGGACACGUACCUUGGCCUGCUGGAAACUGUCGCCGGUGAUCCUCAGGUGGCAGUGGCUGACCUUAUGCUGCACGACGCUGCCCAAGAUAUCUCGCUUUUAUAUCCGACUCAAACAGCCAUCACAGACGCGUGGGGUAGACUCUCGUACGACCAGCUCGCGGCUAGGGUCAACCAGGUGGCCCAGAGAAUUGAAUGUGCGGGAGUCUCCGGGGAUCGAGUUGCUGUCCUGUGCGAGCCUUCAAUAGAUGGCGUCGUGUCUUUGCUCGCUACCCUCCAUCUGGGAAAAGUUUACGUCCCUCUGGACACCAGUCUUCCUGCUUCACGCCAUGCAGACAUGAUACGGGAGUGUCGGCCUGCAAUCCUGCUCUGCCAUGCGCGAACAGAGAAGCGCGUGCAGGAGCUGCUCCGAUUGUUUCCCGGAGUCCUCGCACUUCAGAUAGGUACCUAUGAUGAAGAUCAAACCAUAUCGCCGGUCCCAGUUGCAGCUGAGCCAGACGCACCAGCCAUUCUGCUAUUCACCAGCGGCUCGACAGGCACUCCUAAGGGAAUCGUCCUGACACAGGCCAACUUUGUCAACCAUGUCGCACUCAAAACGCGCCAAAUGGGCCUGAAGCAGGAGUGUGUCCUGCAGCAAAGCUCUCUGGGCUUUGACAUGUCCCUCAUCCAGGUGUUCUCGGCGCUCGCCAACGGUGGCCACCUCGUCAUCGCACAGGGCGACAUCAGGCGCGACCCGGUCGAGCUGGCGAAGCUGAUGCAGCGCGAGGGCGUGUCGUUCACCAUCGCGACGCCGACCGAGUACCUGGCCUGGGUCAACUCGGCAGGCGACGUGUUGCAGAGGAAUCACGCCUGGCGUUUUGCCUUCUCGGGCGGCGAACAGGUCCCUCGUCAGCUCAAGACUGACUUGCAUCGCCUGGGACUGCCCAGCUUGAGCCUCACCAACUGCUACGGCCCGACCGAGAUCACGGCGGCGGCCACAUUCCAGCCCAUUCCGUUGGGGGCCGAGGCCGCUUCGUGUCUCUCAUAUGGCACUUGGGCCCAGUACGCAGUUGGGAAGGCGCUGCCCAACUACUCCGUCUGCAUAGUCGAUGCCAGCGGUCACCCACAGCCAGUCGGGUAUACCGGAGAGAUUUGCAUCGGCGGUUCAGGUGUCGCCCUGGGCUAUCUCGACCAGCCUGACCAAACAAGGGCCAAGUUCGUGUCGGAUGUCAUGGCCGAUGGCUCCAACAGACGCCGGGUCAUGUACCGGACGGGCGACAAAGGACGCCUCCUCUCGGAUGGCACCUUGCUGUGUCUGGGACGCUUGGAUGGAGACACGCAGAUCAAGCUGAGAGGACAGCGCAUAGAAUUGCAAGAAGUCGAAUCGGCUCUGCUACAGGCUUCGGAAGGAACACUCGCGUCCGCAGUAGUCACCCUUCGCAGCCAUGUGCUAGCAGCCCACGCCACACUUUCAGACCCUGAUGCUCCUUUCGAUGAGUCCGACCUCGCUCGAAUGCUUGCCCGCGUGAGGCUGCCGCAGGCUUUCGUCCCAGCUUCCAUCUACAUUUUAGGCACAAUGCCAACGACGUCCAACGGCAAGCUAGAUCGCAAGGCCAUCGCAGCUCUGCCAUUAACAGAAGCAAAAGACAGUGUGUCCAAGAGCACCGAGAAGAUGACUGUACGCGAAGGCGAGCUGCGCCUCCUCUGGGAGCGCGUGCUACCCGCGAUUGGUGACAGGCGUCUCGGGCCAUCGUCUGACUUCUUCCUGUGUGGCGGCAAUUCGCUGUUGCUCAUGAAGCUCCAAAAGGCCAUCAAGGAAACCACAGGGGUGGCAGUGAGUACGAAACAGCUGUACGAGGCUACCACACUGCGCGCCAUGACCCACUGCGUCUUUGACCGUGCCUCCGGUUCCACCGGGCAGGACAAAGACGAGAUAGACUGGGCGGCCGAGACGGCUGUGCCAGCCUGGCUGCGGGAUCAGAUACAGCAACUUCAGACGCAGAAUCUGUUCGAGACUGAUAACAAGUUGAUCCGAAUGGAGGGUGAGGGCAUCGAGGUCCUGCUGACCGGGGCGACUUCUUUCCUGGGCGGACAUCUUCUGGACUCCCUAUUGCAAUCCGCAGCCGUGAGCAAGGUACACUGCAUCGCCGUACCGGGCGACGACCAGGCUACGCUCCCACAGAACACCAAGAUCUCUUGCUACACGGGCAGCUUGCUCUCGCCAAUGCUGGGGCUCACGCCCGCAGAGCGCAAGAAGCUCCAGCAGACCAUCCACGUGGUGUUGCACGCCGGCGCCAACGGCCACUGCCUCAACCACUUCGACUCCCUGCGCGCGCCCAACCUCGAAUCCCUGCACACCCUGGCGUCCCUGGCGCUGCCGCGGUCCGUCCCGAUCCUCUUCCUCUCCAGCAGCCGCGCCGUGCUCCUGUCGGGCAACCCGGCGCCCAGGCCGGGCUCCCUGAAGGCGUCCCCGCCGGCCAAGAGCGGCAAGGACGGCUACACCGCGAGCAAGUGGGCCGGCGAGGUCUUCCUGGAGAACCUGGUCGCCGACCUGCAGGGGACUGCUUCGUCGCUCAGCGUCGCCGUGCACCGGCCCUGCACGCUGGUCAGCGAGCAGGCCCCCAACUCGGACGCCAUGAACGGCAUCCUGCGAUACUCCCUGGCCAUGCGCUGCGCGCCUCGGCUGAAGCGCGCGGAGGGCUAUCUCGACUUUGGUCCGCUCGACGUCAUCGUCGGCCAGAUAACGGCUGCGGCUCUGGAGCUGGCGUUGCCACAGGGUGCGCCGGACCCGCGGCGGGCGGGAAUCCGUUCCCGGCACCAUUCUGGUGGUGUCAAGUCGCCCAUGGGCGAGUUUCGGGCGCACUUGGAGAGGGUCUACGGUGGGACAUUUGACGAGGUCGACAUGGAGGAAUGGCUGGUUCGUGCUGGGCAGCAGGGCUUGGACCCUUUGAUCACUGCGUAUAUUGAGGCCUUGUUGGAGAGUGGGAUGCCCAUGAUCUCUCCAUACAUGGGGGAGACAUGA